ACGUCCGCGUGCAGCCGCUGACGGGACUCAUCUGACGCGCUGAACGCACGCGGUGAGCCGUUCAGGUGUCUUCCUGCGCACGCUGCUUUGACUUUCUGUGUUGACACAAACUUCGUCAUGUUGUCAUCGAUACUUUCGUCUCCUACAAAGCUUGUCACGUGCGAGGACAGUUUGUCAUCAAUGAAAUGGGAUUUACCGUGAAGCGUCGCGGGACCGCAGGUCUGUUUCAGCUGGAAAGUCGAGCCGCUCGGAUACUUUAACGCGUUUUAUUUUUGUUUUCCAUGGAGUCUGUCGGGAAGUUUGAGUUCAGCAGGAAGGACCUGAUUGGUCACGGUGCCUUCGCUGUUGUGUUCAAAGGCAGACAUAAAGAGAAGCGUGACUGGGAAGUUGCUGUAAAGUGUAUCAACAAGAAAAACUUGGCCAAAUCACAGUCUCUGCUGGGUAAAGAGAUCAAAAUAUUAAAGGAGCUCAAACAUGAGAAUAUAGUCAGACUACUCGACUAUCAGGAAAUGGGAGGAUGUGUGUAUCUCGUCAUGGAGUACUGCAACGGAGGCGACCUGGCAGAGUACCUCCACUCUAAGGGCACGUUAAGUGAGGACACCAUCCGCAUAUUCCUGCUGCAGAUCGCUCAGGCCAUGAAGGUCCUGCAGAGCAAAGGCAUCCUGCACAGAGACCUGAAACCCCAGAACAUCCUGCUGUGCCACCCAGAGGGGCGCAGGUCCAGUCCCGUCAAUACCUGCGUUAAGAUAGCUGACUUUGGGUUUGCACGUCACCUCCAGACAAACACUAUGGCCGCCACACUGUGUGGCUCGCCCAUGUACAUGGCUCCCGAGGUCAUCAUGUCCCAGCACUAUGAUGCCAAGGCCGAUCUGUGGAGCAUCGGGACUAUCGUGUACCAGUGUCUGACCGGAAAGGCGCCGUUCCACGCCAGCACACCGCAGGAGCUCCGUCUGUUUUAUGAAAGCAACAGGACCCUCUUACCCAGCAUCCCGAAGGAGACUUCUCAUAACCUGAGACAGCUGCUGCUGGCGCUGCUGCAGAGAAACCACAAAGACCGGAUCAGCUUUGAUGAGUUUUUCCACCAUCCUUUCUUGGAGACGAGCUCCUCCACGAAGAAAUGCUCUCCAGCUCCCGCGCUCUCCUACCCCAGUUCAGGCUCAGCCAGUUCCUCUAGCAGCUCCUCCACGUCCCACCUGGCCUCCCCUCAACAUUCCGAUGGAGAGAUGCACCGACUUCAGCCCAAAGCUCGUUUUUCCCCGACGCUGAAGGAAAUAGCCAAUCAAGACAGCAGGAACACCUCGUCGUACACCGAGGAAUAUGUCAUGGUGCCGGCCCAGUUUCCCAGUGGGUACACGUGUGAGGUGGAAGCUGCGUCACCCAUUGAGAGUUGCCUGAUAUACAGCGGGUGCUCACUCCUGGCUGAAAGAAGCCCCGGAGCUGCAGGAAAGACACCUCCACCCUCUCCCCUGCUGCACCCUCCCUCCAAGCCUGUUGGCAAGCCCGUUGAAUGUGUCGCUCGUAACUGCAGCCAAACGGUGCCCAUCCCUGUCCCGACUCAGAUCCAGAACUACCAGCGUAUGGAGCAGAACCUGCAGCCGGUUGGCGUGCACGGCUCCACCAGGGUCACGCUCUGCUGUGCUGGCAGCAGCAGAGAAAGCUCCCCGCAGUGUGGAGGCUGCAGAGCUCCAGCUGCAGGAGUCCUCCACAACUUUCCAAGGCUGGCAACCGGAGGAGCCCGCCCGCAGCAGCACUCCCCUCGAGUCGGAACGACCCCCAAGACCUCAGAGCAGACUCUGCCGUUCAGCACGAGAACUGGACUUCUCACCGGCUCUCCUGCCACGCACAACACCUCCAGCCCCAAGCAGGUUCAAUCAAGAAUGCCAAACCGAACCAGGACAGUUCUGGACCUGCAGUCACUUGACCCGUCUCCUGCUUCCCACACUAACGUCAGCAGGAAAUCGGCCAAUAAAAAGGGCCCUUUUAAAAGGUCACUGAGCACAGGCAGGCUGUCUGACAUGCUCCUGAAGGCGGCCUUUGGAGCUCACCUUUUUGAAGAGGGGAGCGACGACAGCCUCACCUGGGAGAAGAGCAUGGAUAUAACAGCUCCACCUGCUGGUGGUCCUCGAGGCUUUCAGUACUCAGACAGCCCUCCUCCUGCAGUCUUCACGUUGGGUUCUCCAUCCAAAGGAGACACUCCUCAGGUGUUCUCAGGCUCCCCCAGCUACAUUAACUCAGCCUGGCUAUUCAACAGUCGCCCUCUCCAGGGAGGAAGCCGGAGAAACAGUGAGACUGAAGCCAUGGACGCUACUCCGCACUGCAGCCUGGUCUUUCACCCUCCAGAGCUCCCUGAAGACACACUGAUGGAGCAGGCUCAUACAGACGCUCUGAGUGACCUGCGUUUCACCUUGGCUUUUGUCCACUGUGUCAUGGAACUGGCUUCCUCUAAGGACCCAGGUCUGGGUGCCAUCAGCAGUCCUGAUGUUUCCUUUCUAGAGCAGAGCUUGGUGACAGAUCAGAUCAGCCUUCUGAGUAAAGAGUGGAGCUAUGCAGAGCAGUUAGUGUUGUACAUGAAGGCUGAAGAGUUUCUGUCGUCGGCCCUGCACACUGCGAAAGAGAACAUCAAACAAGGCCAACUCCUUCCCUCUGCUACAGUCAAACAAGUGAUCAGGAAGCUGAACGAAUUGUACAAGAACUGUGUCACAUACUGCCGCUCACUCAACCAUCGGCUGCAGACCUUCUUGCUUGACAAACAGAAGCUUAUGGAUCGCUUCAAUGGACUCACAGCAGAGAAGCUCAUCUACAGCCACACCGUGCACAUGGUCCAGUCUGCUGCUUUGGAUGAGAUGUUCCACUAUGGCACGCCAUCAGUCCAGCGCUACCACAAAGCCCUUUUGCUGAUGGAGGGUCUGUCACGAAUCAUCACGGAGCAAAAGGACAUUGACAGCAUAGAUAAAUGUAAGCAGUGUAUUGAGCGACGCCUCUCUGCUCUGCAGACUUAACAGUAUCUGUGAGUGCUACAGCUGCGUCCACAACAACUGCAUUAUCUCACCUCAUCCAUCUCCCCUCAGUGCAGAUGGAUCCUCCUAGACUGUCAGCACACACAAGCACUUUGAUCUGUCUUAAGGGAAAUGACCACUGGAGCAUCCGCUCUUAUCCCACCAGCCAGUCUGUGACCUUUACGUAAAUGCACAGAAAAGACGGGAAGUCCUGUUUUUGGACGAGUUCUUGAAGACAGAUUGUGUUAUGAUUGUUUGAAUACUUCAAUCAGGUAAAUUAUUCUUGGUAUUUGUUUUGUUACAGACUGUACAUGUUAGUGUGUUGUGUUGUGUUUUGCACAUAGAAUAAUGGGAUUAAACAAUGACUGAUGGUAAAAUGUGUUGUACUUGAAACAAAGUUGUUGUCUGUAUUUGAAGGGUUUGUAUUAUGUCUUCAGUAAAAGUUCACCAGCCAACAGGAGUCAGAAUAUUUUGGAUGACCAAAUAUUGCAAAUGUGUAGCGUUGAUAGUAAAACUGUGUCUGCUUUUUUGUACAUUUUUCACCACAGUAGUUUGGAUGUUAAAGCGAAUGUACGUUUUGACCUCGUACAGAAUUAAUUGUUUUACAUAGGCUUUAAUUAUAGACUGUAAUAAGUAUAUUUUGACAUUUGAAUGAGAGUGUAGUUUUACACUGAUCCAAGGACUCCCUCCCUCAAAUGGUGAUGCACUCAGACAUGAGUUCCUUUAAGAGACAUGAUCUGCAUGCCACAUCGCUCAUUCAUCUGCUGUUUGUGUGUAUGUGUGCACAUUAGUUUUAUGAUUGUGCUAAUUUGUGAAUGAAUUUGUACAUCAUUUUUGCCUGAUACUGACACAAGUUUAUCACAAUUACAUUUUUAAAUUGUGUGUAAAAUUUAGUGUUAAGAUACAGGUUUGUUAGAAUUUAUCAAAUUGCCUUUUGUACUUAUUUUAUGACUGCCAGUCUAAUUUGCCAAAGUGAGUUGUUAAACACUGUAUGAUGAA